UCAGCAUGGCGGCCCCUGCGGCAGCCUUGGGAUCCUCAGCUCUGGGUCAGAGUGGUCCUGGAUCGAUGGCUCCCUGGUGCUCCGUGAGCAGCGGCCCAUCGCGCUACGUGCUCGGGAUGCAGGAGCUUUUCCGGGGCCACAGCAAGACGCGCGAGUUCCCGGCGCACAGCGCCAAAGUGCAUUCAGUGGCCUGGAGUUGCGACGGGCGCCGGUUGGCUUCAGGCUCCUUCGACAAGACAGCAAGCGUCUUCUUGUUGGAGAAAGACCGGUUGGUCAAAGAAAACAAUUACCGAGGACAUGGGGAUAGUGUGGACCAGCUUUGUUGGCAUCCGAGUAAUCCUGACCUCUUUGUCACUGCAUCUGGAGACAAAACCAUUCGCAUCUGGGACGUGAGGACUACAAAAUGCAUUGCCACUGUGAACACUAAAGGGGAGAAUAUCAAUAUCUGCUGGAGUCCUGAUGGACAGACCAUUGCCGUAGGCAACAAGGAUGAUGUGGUGACCUUCAUCGAUGCUAAGACUCACCGUUCCAAAGCAGAAGAACAGUUCAAGUUUGAGGUCAAUGAAAUUUCCUGGAACAAUGACAAUAACAUGUUCUUCCUGACAAAUGGCAAUGGUUGCAUCAACAUCCUCAGUUACCCAGAGCUGAAGCCUGUGCAGUCCAUCAACGCCCAUCCUUCCAACUGCAUCUGCAUCAAGUUUGACCCCAUGGGGAAGUACUUUGCCACAGGAAGUGCAGAUGCUUUGGUCAGCCUUUGGGAUGUGGAUGAGUUAGUGUGUGUGCGGUGCUUUUCCAGGCUGGAUUGGCCUGUGAGGACCCUCAGUUUCAGCCAUGAUGGGAAAAUGCUGGCCUCAGCAUCAGAAGAUCAUUUUAUUGACAUCGCUGAAGUAGAGACAGGCGACAAGCUGUGGGAAGUUCAGUGUGAGUCCCCGACCUUCACCGUGGCUUGGCACCCAAAAAGGCCUCUGCUGGCCUUUGCUUGUGAUGACAAAGAUGGCAAAUAUGACAGCAGUCGUGAAGCAGGAACUGUGAAACUGUUUGGGCUUCCUAAUGACUCCUGA